UUGACUUUAAGCAAACAGGAAGCAACAACCUGUGUGCUGACAUUCCUCAUCAUUCUGCAUGAGUUGCAGGCGUGCAAGGAGUGAGGUAGCAACAUUCAGAGACUGUGGAGGGUGGACCUCUUGCCACGCAGGCUGAAUUCCUCGAUAUUUCCCUGCAAUGUCAUCAGAGACGUAUUUCACCUACAAGGGCACCCCAUUCGCAGAAGGUGAACACUCAGUGGAAACACUCAGCUUUGUGGAGAAUGAAUUCCAGCUCCUGGAUGACGAUACAGUGGUGGUCACUUACCCCAAGUCAGGCACCUUUUGGAUGCAAGAGAUCUUGGGCUUGAUCCGGAAUGAUGGGGACCCCUCAAGAGUUCAGAAUUUGGGAGUACUGGAGCGGCCCCCAUGGAUUGAGCAUGAGUGUUUCUUGAAGCGUGCCUUGGCACUUCCUCCACCCAGGCUGCUAUCCAGUCACCUGCCAUUUCAUGUCUUCCCUAAGUCCUUCCUCCACUCCAAAGCGAAGGUUAUCUACACCAUGCGCAACCCCAGAGAUGUGCUGGUUUCAUUCUACUACUUCGCCAAGGGCUGCAAAGCGUUCAAGAACUUGGGAACAUUGGCAGAUUUCAUGGAGGAGUUCCUGAGUGGAAAUGUGCUAUAUGGUUCCUGGUUUGACCAUGUGAAAAGCUGGAUUGGGGUGAAGGAAAGACCCAAUGUCUUCUUCGUCACUUACGAAGAGCUCCAGCAGCUUGAUUCCGUGGUGGAAAAUGCCUCGUUCCAGAAGAUGAAGGAGAACAAAAUGUUGCAGCCAUCCCAGUUGCCAGAGCGAUUUUUUAAACCUAUGAAAGGGAUUAUGUUUAGGAAAGGGAUCUGUGGGGACUGGAAGAACCACCUGACGGUGGCACAGAGCGAGCACUUUGACCACGUCUAUCGAGAGAAGAUGCAGGGUGUGGGUCUCACCUUCCCGUGGGACUGAAGAAGGACAGACCGUUGCUUGUGCUGUUCUGUGAUCUUCCUCCUUGUAUCUCCCAUACCUCAAAUUGUAUCUAGCACAUGAUCAAGGGGUAUAGUUCAGGAUGGUUAUUUCUAUAGAGUUGUAUCAGGCAUGGAAUACAUAUCCAAUGUACAAUUUCAAGCAACUUAAGCCUUCCAAAGCAAAUAAAGCAGUUUCACAUGUGUAAAAUUAAAUAAAGCAAUAAAUAUAAAGCAGUUUCGCAUGUGUACAUAUUUCAAAACAAGGGAACUAAUUAAAACAGCAGAUAU